AAAAAAAUAAUAAUAAUCAAAACUACCGACCUAAAAUCGGCAUUAUCUUUCAAGGAAGUUGGUGAGCUGAAUUCCCGAAAACAUAAUCGUUCUUCUUCUGCGUUUUUGGUGAUGUCUCAGGACUUGAAAUCAGAGGAAGGUAAUCAUAGGUCAUUUUAUGAAGAAGCUAAAGGAAGUAUACCUUCUGAGGAAGUAGGAGAGACACUCUUUGGGAAGUUCCAAAGAGGUGCACAAUCUGAUGUUGGUUUUAAACAGUUUAAAAGCCGAAUUAAAUUUAAGGUUUUGAGGUUUUUAAGGGAAACGGUUUACCCAUCAAUAAAGCCCUUGGAAAACUGGAUUUGUAUUAUAUUUGAUAUGGCUGCGAUCCCGUUGGAUUUUUUGUUUCUCUACGUUCUUGUGGUUGAUCAUGAUAACAAGUGUCUGGCAUUUGACGUGAAAUUGGGUAUUUGGAUUACUGUUCUCCAGCUCCUUUGGUAUCUCUUUUACACCAUCAUUAUAACUUUCAUACAACAUCCACACGGAAGAGUUGACUUCUCCAUGUGGGGAGCUUCAUACCUUGACCUGCCCAUUCCGCUUCCACUGCUGGUAGUCAGGACUUUAAUGACAGACCUGGAUUUUUGGUAUUUGAUGAAGCUGGUGAAAGUCUUUGUGUUUCUGCGAUGCCUGAUAAGGGCAGUCAGAAUCUAUACAAAAGCUACAUUGACGUUGGUCAAACUUUCAGAAGCUACAUUGCACAAAGCUAUAUCCAUUAUUCUUCUUUACAUUUACAUGCUUGCUGCUCAUGUAUAUGGAGCCUUAUGGUAUUUAAUGGCCAUCGAAAGAGAAACUGAAUGCUGGAAGAAAGCCUGCAGAAAUCAUACUGAAUGCAGUGAUGAGUCUUUCUACUGCAGUGGCAAAUUAAGAGACUACUCAUUUCUGGAUGGAACUUGCCCAACGAAAACACUAUAUAAUACAAUCUAUGAUUUUGGAAUUUUUCAUGAUGCUCUUCAGUCUGGUAUAGUUGAAGCGACUAAUUUUCCACAGAAGUUUUUACAUUGUUUUCUAUGGGGCCUGCGAAAUCUCAGUUGGUUUGGUCAGAACCUUCAUACAAGUACUGAUGUCUGGGAAAACUUAUUUGUUAUUUUGAUUACCAUCACUAGCGCACUGUUGGUUGUCUUUUUCAUAGGAAACUUUCAGUUAUACUUGAUGUUUGAUAUUGGGAGAUCAAAGGACAUGAGUCUUGAGACACUAAAGAUGGGGGAUUUGAUGCUCUUACAAAAGCUCCCUAAGAAUCUCCAACAACAGGUUAGGAAAUAUGAGCGAUGCAUAUGGCGAAAGAACAAGGAUGACGGUGUAGAAUUUUUGUUUAGUAAUCUUCCCAAUGCUCUUUUACAGACCAUUAAUCGAGAGCUAUGCUUGGAGCUACUCAAGAAAGUACAAGAGUUUAAGAUGUUAAAUGAAGAAAGGUUGGAAGCAUUGUGUGAUAAUGUAAAGCUAGUCUUCUACUCUCAGCACACUCACAUUUUUCAAGAAGGACAUCCGAUUGAUCAAAUGUUGUUUGUGGUGUGUGGCAAAGUCUCUUCCUACACCUCUAAGGGUAUAACUGGCUUUGCAAGCACCGAUCAUAGCAGAGAUGAUGAUAAUAACAUAAGCAAAAAGGAUCAUCAGGUAGAUUGUGACUUCUAUGGAGAAGAACUUAUCACAUGGGCUCUAGAUGGCCAUUUAUCAACAAGUAUCCCCUUGUCAACAAGAUCUGUUAAAGCGCUUACAAAUGUUGAAGCCUUUGCUCUUAUGGCCGAUGACCUUAAAGAUGUAUUACUUCGUGAUAGGUACCCGGAGAAUGAUUAGGCUUGCUCUGCCGGAUGACUCUGUUUGCAGGAAGAACAACCUCUCUGAACUACUAGCAAUUCACUUGCAGAUGUUUGUAAAGAUACUAUAAAAUAUGUUUGUUGGAAUUGAGUUCUGCUGAAUGUAAAUAUGCAGUUUGCAACCACAAUGUAACAGUAACUUCACUUGUAUUAAUAUUACUUAAGAAAUAAAGACACAGUUUUUACAUCAA